AUGGUGAAAGCGAUCAUUGAAGACUUGAAUAAGGAUUACUUUGGAAUUUUUAUUGAUGAGUCUAAAGAUGUUUUUCAUAAGAAACAAAUGACACUUGUUCUGCGGUAUGUUAACAAAGAGGGUAAGCUUAUUGAGCGAUUUCUUGGUCUUGUUCAUGGACAGUGUUAUGAUCGAGCUAGUAACAUGCAAGGAGAGAUUAAUGGUCUUAAAACUUUGAUUUUGAAAGAUAAUUCUUCAGCAUAUUACAUACAUUGCUUUGCUCAUCAGUUGCAAUUGACUCUUGUAGUUGUCGCGAAGAAACAUGAUGAUAAAUAUGGUCUUGAAAAGUUGAAGCGCAAGAUCUCAAGUGUUACAUAUUCUCAUUAUUUGCGUGUGGAAUUUUUCUAUGCUGUUAUUGAUUUGCAACUUUCAAAGCUUAACAAUCGCUUUAGUGAAGUGAAUACUGAUCUACUUCUUGGAAUGACUAGUUUGAGUCCUGAGAAUUAUUUUACAAAUUAUGAUAAAGACAAGAUCAUGAAGCUUGCUACAUAUUAUCCAAAUGACUUCAGUGCCUCCAAGCUUGAAGAUCUUAGUUUUGAUCUUGAUAAUUAUAUUUACUAUGUGAGAGAAGUGAAUAAUGCUUUCUCAAAUUUGAAAGGACUUGGAGAUCAUUCGAUAAAAUUGGUUGAAACAAAUAUGCACAAGAUAUGGGGACUUGUUUAUUUCCUUGUGAAAUCAAUCUUGAUAUUACCUGUGGCUACUGCAACAAUGGAAAGAACUUUUUCCUCCAUGAAGUUUAUCAAAAAUGAUUUUCGAAGCAGGAUUGUGAUGAUUUUUUGA